AUGUUACCAUUAGAGACAGUGGGAGCAUUAACACUUGUUUACUAUGUGUUCUUGGUUGGCUUAGAAGUAGACUUGAAACCAAUCACAAGGUUUUACUACAAUAAGAAAGCAAUGGUUGUUGCAAUUGCUGGUGUAGGCUUCACUUUACCAGUUGGUGCUGGCUUAUACUACCUUCUUGUAACCGACAUGGGUCAUAAAUCGUUGCCACAUUCAGAUAGUGACAAACACAUGAGAGGUGCAAUAUUUUGGGGAAUGACACUUUCUUGCAGUAGUGAGUUCCCUGAAGUUGCUAAAAUCCUUUCAGAUUUAAAGCUUCUGCUAACAGAAAAUGGACAAUUGGCUUUAACUUCAUCGUUGAUUAAUGACUUGUUAUCUUGGACACUCCUUUUGAUGGUUCUAACGCAAUUAUAUUAUGCUUCUUUUUGGUCACUACUUGUCGUCCUCGCAUUUGAGUUGGUAUGUUUUUAUUUGGUCCAUCCUUUUGCUAAUUGGCUUAUUAAAAAAGUUGGAAAUGGUGAUCGCGAGUUUGUUGAGACACAAGUGGUGAUUCUUCUUCAUAUGGUUUUGGUCAUUGGAUCAAUCUCACAUGGUUUAGGUGCACAUUCAAUAACCGGUGCUUUCUUUUUAGGAGUUAUUAUCCCAAAGGGUGCACUUAACAAUGCAGUUCAAGAUAAGGUUUUCGAUUUUGUGUCUGCAUUCAUGAUGCCACUGUUUUUUCUCAUUGUUGGGGAGAGAACUAUUAUUCAAGAUUUGGCUUUAGACACACAUUGGUUAACCGUUGUGAUUGUUAUUGUGUUGGCUUUCUUGGUAAAAAUGGUGUUUGUAUUUGUAGUUUCUUGGUUAUAUCAGAUGCCACUUUUGGAAGGAUUGUCCCUUGCACUCCUCAUGAACACUAAAGGGACAAUGCCACUAAUCAUUUUAUACACUGCCAUGGAUAGCCUAUUUGAUCAAUUAAGCAGUGAUCCGUACAAAAAAGAAAAGAAAAGGAAGUAA